AAUCUGAAUCCUGAAUCUGUGGCUGUUUGUGGUUAAAAAUCAGCUGAUAAUGAAAAAUAAUGAAAAUUAUUAUUUAUUUCUUUUUUAUUUUUAACUUGUAAAUGCAUAAGUUAAAACUGAAGACUGAAAUAAAGAAUGCUUCCAUCGUCAAGUUAUCAACCGAACUAUUUCUCCAUUGAAGAUAUUCUAGCCACCCAAGAACGAACACCAUGCAAAUUUCUCCAAGACGUCCCAAGAAUGGGUAAACUAAACCCGUCAGCUGAAGAAAAAGAUUUAAAAGUCGGCACAGAGCUUGAACUUCCCUUAUGGCUGGUACUAGACGGUGCAGCCGGUCGACAGCUAAUCCUAGCCCCAGAAUUACCGAAAAUCUACCGGGAAGCUUACAGGGAAAUCCUGAAAGCCGACGCCACGGCGAUUGAUUUACACAAAUUCAAUUUAUACUUUUAUGAACUGGGGUCCUACAUAAAGCACUUCGAUAGGAGAGGGGACGUACAUAAUAUAUUACUACACACAUUCACAACAAGAUUUAGACUCAUCAUGGACCUAGCAAAUAAUGCUGAUUCUGACCCAACUAUUCAAAAUAAACUGGAUACUUUAGAGAGAAGAUUAUUCAAAGAUGGCCAUAAUGCCAGGAUGAAACUAAAUACAUGGCUACUCGAGUCAGGGAUUCCACUAAAAGCAGCCAGUAUGGUUGAUAAUCAUAGAAAAAGGAAACGAGUCAAUGAAGAACUUGUUUGAAUGUAUUUUUUAAUCAUAUAAGUAUUUUAUAUCCUUUUUUUAUUUUUUUUUAUUUAAGGGAAAUACAUU